AUGAAUCUUUGCUGUUUAAAAUCUGAUAAGAGCUCAUUAAACUAAACAGUAAGAACUAGAGGAGGCACAUAGACUGAUAGUGAUACACGCUUUUAACAAAAUCAUUAUGAAGAAAUUUCCAAUCAACAACAAAAUGUUUCAGACAUAUAAAUUUAAUAGAGUGCUGUAAAUCUAACUAAUAACACUUCAAAUAUGUGCACUUAAGUCAAUAACCUAAAUGACCUAGAAAAAAGAUUAUCUAAUAUAGAAAAAAAUUAAGAAAAAAUAUUAAAGUGUAUCUAAGAAUAGAAUUUGAAUCAAAUCCCUAUUGAAUCAAAUAAUAACUAACAAGUUAUUUUAAGCUAAGCAAACAUAAGUUAGGGCUAAAAUCAAUCUAAUAAUCAAAAUGAUAUUAACAAAACUUAACAAUCUGAAACUUAAAAUUAUGAUUAAAUGUCUUACCAAGAUUAGACUUAAACAUAUGAUCUUAGAAAAUAAAUUAUUGUUAGAAAAUCAUUAUCAAAAUCUAUUACUAGUAUUGGUAGUGUGGCUAAAAUGACCUAAGUUGAUAAAUAUGCUUACGAAAUCUUAAAAGGCUAAAAGCAUAAGCAAAUAUAAGGAAUCCAAAUUAGGUACUCAAUAACUCAUGAUGAUGUACUAAAAUUAAAAUUUAAAUAUAAUUAUUCUGAAUAUAAAGUUGUUGCUAGGAUAAGAUAGUUUGAUGAUCACUCCGAAGAAUAUUAAAAUUAUUUAUAUGAGAUGAUUAACAAAUAAAAGUCUAAAUAUUGUGGAAAUAUAUAAGAUACAGUCCUAAGUAAAAAAAUAGGAAAAGAUUUUUUGGAAUACAUAAUUGUUGAUAUUACGCUAAAAUCAGGUUAACAAGAAAUAAAGGUUGAAACCGUUGAUAUGUGA